AUGGACUCGGUACCUGCCGCCGUGCCUUGUGUCGCCACUUCUCCCGGGGACCCCGAGCUUCUGGGACCCCUGACGGUGCUCUACGCAGCUCUCCACCGAGCUGUAUUGCUAAGUGAACCGCUAGUUGCCACAUUGCCCAAUGGUGUUCAGCCUGGGCCUGAUUUUUAUGGACUGCCGUGGAAGCCUGUACUUCUCACUGUCUUCUUGGGAAUUGUUUCAUUUGCCAUUUUCUUCUGGAGAACUGUUCUUGUUGUCAAAGAAACAGUAUAUCAAGUUACUGAACAGCAAAUUUCUGAAAAGUUAAAGAACAUGAAGAAAGAAAAUGAAGAACUAGUGGAAACAGUGUCAAAUUUUGAACAGAAGAUCAAGGAAUCAAAGAAACAUGUCCAAGAAACCAAAAAACAAAAUAUGGUCCUCUCCGACACAGGAAUGAAAUAUAAGGAUAAAAUCAAGCUACUUGAAGAAACUAAUGAGAUUCUUGAGGACAGAGCUAAAAGUCUUCAUGUUGUGUUAGAAUCUGAGAGAGAACAGAAUGUCAACAAUGAGGACUUGAUAAUAGAAAAGAAGAACUCUGUAGAGAAGUUAAAGGCUGUUAUUUCAAUGAAUGCUUCAGAAUUUUCACAGGUUCAAAUUGCUCUUAAUGAAGCUAAGCUUAGUGAAUUCAAGGUGAAGUGUGAAUGCCAUCGGGUUCAGGAAGAAAAUGCUAGGCUUAAGAAGAAGAAAGAGCAGUUGCAGCAGGAAAUCCAAGACUGGAGUAAAUCACAUGCUGAGCUCAGUGAGCAAAUAAAAUCAUUUGAGAAGUCCCAGAGAGAUAUAGAAGUAGCUGUUACUCACAAAGAUGAUGAUAUUAAUGCUUUGACUAAUUAUAUUACACAGCUGAAUCAGAUAGAGCUUGAAUCGGGAUGUGAGGGUCAAAAUGAAGGAGGAGGUGAGUCAGAUGAACUAGCCAAUGGAGAAGUAGGAGGUGACCACAGUGUGAAGGUGAAAACUCGAAUUAAGCAGCUGAUGGAUGUCUCUUGGAUGCAAACUGCAAUAUCAGUAGUUGAAGAGGAUCUAAAACUUUUACAACUGAAGAUAAGAGCCUCGAUGUCUGCAAAGUGUACCCUAGAAGACCAAAUAAAGAAAUUAGAAGAUGACCGCAAUUCACUCCAAUCUGCUAAAGCUGGGCUGCGAGAUGAGUGCAAAACUCUGAGUCAGAAAGUGGACAUUUUAAAUGAACUGUACCAGCAGGAGGAGAUGGCUCUGCACAGGAAACUGAGUCGACAAGAGUAUGAGAGACAAGAAAGAGCAAAGCGGCUGUCAGCUGCAGAUGAAAAGGCACUUUUGGCUGCACAGGAAGUUAAAACUUACAAGCGGAGAAUUGAAGAAAUGGAGGAAGAAAUACAGAAAACAGAGCGCUCAUUUAAGAAUCAGAUUGCCACUCAGGAGAAGAAAGCUCAUGAUAACUGGCUCAAAGCUCGUGCUGCAGAAAGAGCUAUAGCUGAAGAGAGAAGGGAAGUUGCUAAUUUGAGACACAAAUUAUUGGAAAUGACCCAAAAGAUGGCAAUGUGGCAAGAUGAACCCGUGAUUCUAAAACCAAUGGCGGGAAGAGCAAAGACACAACACCCUCCCCGGAGAGGUCCACUGAGCCAGAAUGGGUCUUUUGACCCAUCCCCUGUGAGCGCUGGAGAAUGUUCCCCUCCACUGACAGCAGAGCCAGCUGGGAGACCUGUCUCUGCUACUCUGAAUGGAAGAGAUAUGGGUAGAAGUGUAUUUGGGUCAAUGGAUGGACCUUUUCCUCAUCCUCCAUGGUCUUCUGAAGCAUCUGGGAAACUCUUUGCCUCUGACCCAGGACGUGGUCCAGCUUCCGUGAACAGCAGCUCCAGGAGCUCUUCUCCAGCCAAGGUGAUGGGUGAGAGCAAGGUUAAUAUGGCUACCAAAGAGCGUCCUCGUUUCUCAGGGGUAUCUCCCAUGGGCUCCCCUGUGGGAGGGCCCCUACCACCACCUGUUCGAUAUGGACUGCCACCUCGGCCACUUCCUGGGCCACUUCCUUGGCCACUUCAGCUCGGUGGGCCUUUUGGACUUCCACCAUUUGGUCCUGGUGUGCAUCCACCACUAUGCUUAAGAGAAUAUGCACCAGGUGUUCCACCUGGAAAACGGGAUCUGCCUCUGGACCCUCGGGAAUUUUUACCAGGACCCACACCACUUAGACCUUUAGGUUCAUUUGGUCUGAGAGAGUACUUCGUUCCUGGUACCCGAUUACCACCCCCAAACCAUGGUCCCCAAGACUACUCACCGUCACCUGCUGCAAGAGACUUGACACCUUCAGGCUCUAGAGAUGAGCCUUCAUCUGCCUCUCAGAGCAGUAGCCAGGACUGUUCACAGGCUUUAAAACAGCCUGUAACCAUGACCUCUGACACUUAGA